UGGGAAGAGAACCGGCCAACACGUUGUGUUUCACAUUUACUACCAAUAUGUACCAUAACAGAAGCCUUUGAAAAUGGAUGUUUUUAGUGUUUUGGGGCCUCUACUUCCAAGAGUCGCUAAGUAGAGUUUUCCAAGAUGUCAGCUGAUGACACAGAAUACGACGAUUUCUUCUGCGAUGAGGAUGAAGGGGAGAUAGUAGAUUGGCAACUGCCCCUAUGUUUUAUGAAAAAACGACACAAGGAGGUGAUCGAAGGAUCGAGGCCUUUGGCACAAACAUGGCGAAUGAAAGAGCGAGUGAGUUAUUUUAAGGGGAUUAAUUCCUUUUCAUGGUGUGGUACACUUUGCCCUUUGGUUUAUUCUAAUCAUGUAACUUCGUGAUUUUGAUUUUAGAUGAAAACCGUGAGCGUAGCUUUGGUGUUGUGUUUGAACAUCGGCGUGGAUCCCCCCGACGUCGUAAAAACCUCCCCUUGUGCCAGAAUGGAAUGCUGGAUUGGUCAGUAAUAUAUCUUUCUUAUUCGGAGAUUAUUUUAGCUUAUUUCUCGACGUUCCUUUUCAAAAAAUUCAAGUUUCCUCGAGAGAAACCCCUCCCCGUCAGCUGUUUAAAAUGUACAUUUUUGUACGUAACCUUUGUACUUUGAUGUGGUAAAAUGCCAGUGAAAUUUUAGCUUCUCUUCGCCUUUUUUGUGGUAAUAACGCUAGCUAAUUUUUAUCAUCAAGAUAGUAAAGGGGUUGUUGACUGGUGGCGUUUUUUACUUAAUUUUGUACAAAUUCUGAAAACGCAUCAUGACCAUUUGUAGGUACUCUCAAAUCAUUUGUACAUUCAUUUAUCAUUGUGUUAGCUUCUGGCAAAAUAGUAUUUUCGCUUUUAAUGACGAAGAAUCGUGCAAAUUUGAUCACGUAAUACAGUGACGAGUUGCAGUUGUUUGAACGUUUUGGCUUGUAUGAUUGCUGAGUUAUUACGAAAUUGUUUGAAACAAAUAUUUCAGCCUUUUUCUUGAAUCUUCUUACCCUGCGAGCAGAGUCUCCUUUGAUCUUCCUAGAUUAGUCGGGAGACUCUGCUCGCAGGGUAGAAUCUUCUAGUCAUGAGAAGUAGUUAAUUUAUAAUCAAAAAGACCAAAAAUCGCUCAACUGGAACGCUAGAAAACUUUAAAUUUAACCAAAACAUUUUUAACAUUGUAAUUUUUUAAAUAAAGCAUCAAAAUAAUGAUAUAAAUAUAUUCAGAGUAAAAUUUAGGGUAUUUUUGUAUUCCCUGUAUUUUUCAGAAUGGGAUAGUGAUAGCUAACUUAAUUAAUUUGGGCCUUCUUGUACUAUAUAGUUACUUAAUAGAAGUGCUGCACUCUUUAGAACAAAAAGUCUAGACUUACUUUCAAGUAGGAAAUUUUGCUACACAAUCAAUAUCAUAAACAAUUAUUAAAAAAGGUAUUCACCUUAAAACUGUUUAAAAGUCACCACAACUCUUUUUGCAACUGUCUGAAGUGAAAAGAGCAGUAGUUUUUCAGUUUUAGCUGCAAACAAGGCUGAAGUUGACCUUGUUAUGUCAAUAACAUUACCUCCAACCCUUCUUGCUUUGUUAUGUAAAUCAAGCUAUUCUUAUGCUUUUUCACUAGUAUUGUUUUCCCCAUAAUUCCCAUAGAAAGGGAAGGGGUUCUUUUAAAUCAAAACAAGGUCAACCUCAGCCUCACAAACUUCCAAAGGCUAGGAUACUAAGCCAACAACCAUAACUGUUUAUGAAAGGUUAUACCCAUCAAUAAUCAUUCAAAGACAGGGAAGAAAAAAUUCUCGAAAUAGGAGAGAAGCUGCCUUGGUUUUAGGGAUGUCUUGUUUCUUCUUAGAUCGUGUCCACACAUAAUGUAUGAACACACAUUUAACAAAUUGACAACAAUUUUCUAUGGACUGUUCUCUUAUAGACUAUAGAAAUGGUUGAUCAGAGUACAGACUGUGGAAAAUUGUUGUUAAUUUGUUUUUAACAGUGACAUUGAAGGUUUUGACGUCCAUUUCCAUUGAAGUUUCUUGGGGAAGUGGACAGGCGAGAAAGAGAAAAACAAAUUGUGCCACCAUCUCAUCAUUUCCAUGGUUUUCCAUGGACUGUACUUGUAUCAAACAUAGCUCUUGACCAAUCAGUGUUAAAGAAAUUGCUUAGUUAUGGUAAAAUUUGGCCGUCCAUCCACACAGUUAGACAUUAAAAAACAACAACUGCUUUUGAAAAUGUUCAGAAGUUGAGACUUCUGCAAACAGAGGUCUAUUAUUGAAAUGUAGUGGCGAGGUUCUCAAGACACAGAGUUCAUAUAAGCUGCUUGCACGUACAUGUAUAUCUGAAAAUAUUCUCAAAAUGAAAGAGUAUUUUUAGCUUUUCAAUUUUUGAUUCUUGGUUUAGAUAGUAUGCCGAUGUGGAUGUGAAGAUUAACAUCAUGGUUUUUGUAAACACAAAAACAGAGGUUUUUGAAAAUGCCUUGGUUUGGAUGUGACCGCGCAUAGAUAACUUACUUUCCUAAUCCAAGACAAAUUUAUUAACACAGUUUACUUGUAACAGAUCCUCUGUCUAUGAGCCCUCAGAAGGCCUUAGAAACUGUGGGAAAUAAACUACAGGAACAGUAUGAACGCUGGCAGGCAAGGGUAAGUUUAUCUUUUAUGUUAGACAAGCUUCUUGUAGAGUGCAAAAUAGUACAUGUAUUGUGAGGAUUUGGAGGUCAGCUGUGCUGCAAAUUAUGUGAUUUCUCUGUAAUAGAUUUGGCAGGAUUGUUGUCAGAUACAAUAUAGGUGGAAUAAGAUAUUGAACAAAACCUGAGCUGCAGCGUGGAAUAAUAAUCCAAAGUAUUUGUUUGUAAGCUCAUCAAAUAAUGUGACAUAAGAGUGGUGAUUUUUUGUUAGGCACGCUACAAGCAGAGUCUUGAUCCUACAGUGGAUGAAGUGAAGAAGCUUUGUACAUCUCUGCGCCGAAAUGCAAAGGUAAGUUAUGUUGCAGCUUUAUUUUGUCUAAGGAAAUUAAAAUAUGUUUUGACAGUUUAAGCUUCACUGAAUUAAGGUCUGUACUCUAGCCGAGCCUGGUGGCUCCUGACACCCAACUUUCGUUCUCCGGUGACUAGAAAAUCUCAGAUUUUUCAUACAAAUCGUAUGCUGGGCACCCAAGGUUUCACAGGUUAAGAGCACUGGGCUCCCGUUAAUUUUCUUUAGAGCACAGCCUUGGAAUUGACAUCCUUAUCUUGCUGGUGAAUUGCACCUUAAACCCUGUCAAGCUUCUCUUCACUGUACAAAAUCUGGUCAUCCUUCUGGAUUAGCAAUCUUUCAAGUUUUAACAUAUUUAAAAUGGUUAAGGAAAAAUGUUCAAUCACUGAAUCCAGUUUGAGCAACCACUCAUACCCAAAGCUAACAAUAACCAGCCAUUAUAUCAUUAGUUCCACCCAUUUUGACCCUUCUUCCAACCAAAUGAUUACCUCGUUACUACAUCAAGGAGGCUCUGUUAUUUUUAUUCAUAAGUUUUUUCACAAUUACUGAAUUUUUCCAUUGCAGGAAGAGAGAGUGCUUUUUCAUUACAACGGGCAUGGAGUUCCAAGGGCAACUGCUAAUGGAGAGAUAUGGGUUUUCAACAAAGUAAGAGGAUGCUUUGUAAAUUAUUGAUUUGUUUUGUUUUUUAAACAGAAGUGUUGAUGAAUUAAUCAUUUACCUGCUUCUCCCAUGCCACCUCCAAACUUCAAGUCCUUAACCCAAAAGACGAAGUUUCAGUUUUGUACCAAAAUGUAUAAAUUAUUUUUUGUAGAGCUACACCCAGUAUAUUCCACUGUCAGUGUAUGACCUCCAGACCUGGAUGGGAAGUCCUUCAAUCUUUGUUUAUGACUGUAACAAUGCAGGGCUCAUUGUUCAAUCAUUUAUUCAGUUUGCUGCUCAACGUGAACAAGAGCAGGAGGUGAGAGCUCUUGAAAGUUGAACUAUAUUUUCAGUUUACUUAAUAUUUUUAUUCCACUUUCAGUCUUUGCAUGUGAGACAUUGUCCAGUAGUUGGCCAUCCACUGUUCCAUAUCCAAUGUGCACUCAUGGAAUAACAACAUUAGUACAUGUGAUAAAGUUAAUGACUAUAAGCAAUUUACUUUGGCAUAAACAUACGAAAAUAAUACUAUGAUCAUGAUGCCUUCAUCAAGGCUUAGUAUCAAUAAUACUUUAUAACAAUUAUUUGAUGAGGCAGAGACUAUCAUCUGAAGAAUUAUGGAGAUCAAGGAGGGUGUUAUUGGCUGAGGUAGAUAACACCCUCUGAGAUCUCCAUAAUUAUUCUUCAGAUGAUAAGAAAGCCAAAUUCAAUAAUUGUUUUAUUAUUCACUCAAAAUAAUUCCUAGUUAUAAAACAAGCCAAAACAUGCUUGCUUCCAUUGACGUUGAGUUUAUCUUUGAUUGCAUGUUUAUCAGCAAGUGUAGGAGAUAUAAAAGGGGCUGUUCAGUUCUGCAAAUAUUCUUCAAAUAGCAGAUGUCGUCCAUCGAGUUGUAUUCUUACUGUUCCUGCUAAGGAGUGCAAAGGAGUGAAAUGUUCUGCCAUUUUGUACUCACAACCAUAACCACUCAACCUCGUCCCCAGGUCUUCCUGGUUGACUGUCUAGUUUUCUGGCAAUUAUACUUUAGAAUUGAUGUCAUUUAACACAUACUGCAAACUUCUUCCAAAUGUGGUCAACACUAGCUGGUUAUGAUGAAUUAUCUGUGGGAUUUUAGCCAAUCAGAAAUGGAGAAAUAUUUUGAUUGAAUAAUAAAUGUAUUUAUGUUAUUUUAAGAACAUGUUACAGUGACAUGUACAGGGUGUGACAAAACUGCUGUCCAAUAAGCCAGCGCUAGUGGAUCAAUCAGUUUAAGGGCUAGCAAAGUUUGAUGGACAAGCAAUCUUUGCCAAGGCAAAGAAGAUGUUAGCCAAAAGUGGGUUGGUAGGCCUACACAACUGCUCCAGGCUGGUAAAGUUCAGCAACAGAUUGCCCAAAGGGCAAGCAAUAUUUCACAAUUUUUCUCUCACCCUGAUAUAAAUCAGUUUCAAGUCUCUAAAUUAGCAUAGUAACAAAGCUGUUGAACAGCUAGUCUCUAAAUGAAGAUGCUUUGGUGUUGACUGAAUUAGUUUGCAUAUUCAGGUUGGUUUGAAGCGUGCAAGUAAAGAGGCUUGGAUCUGAUUCAUAUAAAUUUCAUUAUUUGCUACCUAGUCUUAAUAGCAUCAUGAUGACACCAAAACAUGGGUUUUUAAAAUUAAUUUAGUUUUGUAAAAUGUAAUUUAUUAACCAUUCAGAUGACUGACUGGUGAUGACUAACACGCUUAUUGCAAUUUUCUAUUAUGCUGUUUUAGCGUUGCUUGGCACAGGGCACCCCAAUGCCAGUACCACUGGCAGUCAAGAACUGUAUCCAACUGGCAUCAUGUGAUGCAAACCAGCUACUGCCAAUGAAUCCAGAACUUCCUGCUGACUUGUUUACUUCCUGUCUGACUACACCUAUCAAAGUGGCUUUACGAUGGUGAGUAUUUCUUAAGGCCUUGCUAGAAGUAACCUUUUUAAUCUAUGCCAUGCCAGAAAUAUGCUUAAAAAUGAACUUUAAUCAGGGUGCAAAGAAAGUCAUGUACAUGUACUAUCCCAAGAGUCAUUUUAACUAGGCUGAAAAAUUGAUUACAGUUCUUCUGAUCAGUAAGUUGAAUUCCCCCCAAAAUUUCACUUUCGUACUGAGCAAGUUAAGAACAGGAUUCACUAGCCCAAUAGCAAACUCCACUAGCCCCAGGCUACUGGGCAUGACUUUCUUUGUACACUGUUAAUGAAUCAAGUUUUAUUUGUGUUAUUGAUUUCUUUGUGUGACCUUUCGGUCCCCUCUAUGGUGCAUGUUCAUGUAAUUACACAAGGAUUAAUUUAGUUGAGCACUUAUGUUUUCAGGUUUUGUGGGCAAAAAAGUAGCAAGCUUGUUCCUGGUGUUACCCUUGAACUAAUAGAAAAGUAAGUGUAUGAUUUUACAAACUGAUGCAAGACAAGAACUGCUAGAAAUGUUUUUUGCGUGCAUUAUUUUUUGAUAACAAAGGACCAGCCAGAGUAAAUAAGUUUAGAACAAUGUUACUUUUGUCAACAAGACACUUGCAAUAUAAUGCAGUAACUUUGGAGUACUCUCGAAAAUAACCUAAAAAAUUGAAGGGACAUCUCUCAAGCUUUAGCCCUUUAAUACUUCAUGUUUUUAUUUUAUAAAAUUAUUGUUGUCAAUGUUGAAAAUUAGCUCAGACUAUUUUUAUCCUUUCUGCAUGGUUUUUGGCUUUUUCAUCAAAUUUGUCUAUUCAAUUUGCCUUGAAUGUCUGAAUGUGACACUUUAAUAAUUAGCUCUGUCUCAACAGAAUUCCCGGUCGUCUGAAUGACAGGAGAACACCGUUAGGAGAACUCAGUUGGAUUUUUACAGCUGUGACUGAUACUAUUGCAUGGAACACUUUACCAAGAGGUACACUGAAAAGACUGGUUGGCUAACUCAUUGAUGUUAUUAAUUACAGUGGUUUCAAACUAAAUUAACUCUUGAUUUCCUCUGCUGUCCAACACUUUAUUAUUAUUCAUUGUUAUUGAUGGUUAGGGCUGGGAGAGUGAAGGAUAUUAAGGAUCAAAAUAGGUUUAAAACCUCAUUAACCUUCAUUUUGAGCUAAAACAUAAAUAAUAAAUAAUAUUAUGAAAGCAGUUAGCAAUGGGAUUUUUAUACUAAUCAAAGUCAGUCUGCGACACAAAUUAUUGAGGAUCCCUGAGCUCUAAAUGAUUCUUUCUGUUUGUGUGAAAGAAGGGCAUUGUGCAUUUUUAUGCUGUCACCAAAUUUUACUAUUGAUUGACGGCUGUCAUGUAAAAAGGGGUCCUUGGAGAGAUCUCUGAAAUUACAAAAUAUGGUCCUUUUGAGUCUUUAAAGAGUAACUGAAGUUUUGGUUGGAAAAUUGAGCCCUGCCUUAUACUCUAAUAAAUUGUGGUUUGUUUUUCAGUUUUUAUCUCAUUUAUACCUGUUUUUUUUAUGUCACAGAACUCUUUCAGAAGCUCUUCAGACAGGAUUUACUUGUGGCAAGCUUGUUCAGGAAUUUCCUUCUUGCUGAGAGAGUCAUGAGGUCAUAUAACUGUACACCUAUUUCAAGUCCCAGACUCCCCCCUACUUACAUGCACCCCAUGUGGUAAGUAAAGGUAGCUGUGCUACAGUUAUUUUUAUUAGUUGCACCCAUUGUUUGUAAUUAAGACCUUUGGGCCUUCUCAGAAACCCAGCAAUGUGAGGCAGUAGAAUGAAGUUUUCUGCUUAAGACCACUAGCCCAGUUUGGUAAUUGGGAUGUUAUCUUCCAUUCAUGCUCAUGGCAAAUGCCCUAAGAGCUUAUACCAGCUACACUGCCUAUCUGGCCUUUCAAACCUAGGCAAUAAUAUUUAAAUGUUCUCAGUGUUUGUUUAUUUGCCGUAUAUAUAGAUUGCUUUAUUUCUCUUGACUUUGUAGGCAAGCAUGGGAUUUAGCAGUUGAUAUCUGCCUCUCCCAGUUACCUGACAUUAUUGAAAAUCCUGGUAAUUUCAAGGUAAGUCGGCUUUUCCAAGAAUACUUGAGUUAUGGCUGUAGACAGUAACUGCUGUUGAGCUAGUCAAACAGUUUGUCACUAUAUGUACCUGCCAGCUGCCAAGUUGGAAAGCCCAUACCUGUAUUAGUAGUUAGACAUACAGCAUGCUGGUAAAUGAAAUCAUCAUUCUUUUUGUGGAAUUCCUCAUUUUGAGAAUGUCAUCAACCUCUAACCAGGACAAAAAUUCAGUUAUGAGAAUAAAGUUAUGCUGUAAUAAGGUACAGCUGCAUUCCUUUGGGACAAUCCUGAUCAGGCUUCAUGGUCCAAGAUCACCCUGGCUGUUAGCGACUUUAAGAUGUCACGAUGGCGAUGACAACGAGAACAUCAAAAAUGCAGUAGGUUGAAUAGGGAAAACAACAACUCUGCUUGUGAUCAUGCUUUUUUGUACAUUUGUUUGCUGUUACUGCACGACGACGAUGGGAAAAUGCCUAAUUUCAUGUUUUAUGGAGGACGUAAAUAAGAGACAGCUAAAUUUUCUUUCUUUUUCUAAACUUGAAUAUGGUUCUUAGGAAUUCGGCUCAAAAAGAGUUCGCUUGCAUUUGACAAAGUAAAUGAGUUGGAGUAAUUAUCACGAUGGAGAUUGAAAGACACAAAUUCUCUUUUUAAGUGACAUUUUCUUGGCUGUCACCAUCGUGGUAUCUUAAACCCCCUUUUAUAUCUGGACAAGGAUUUGUCCAGAUGGACUUUUGACGCAUUAUGAUCCAACUAAUCUUUGAUCAUAAAUCCCUAUCCAGAUCUUUCCAAGGAAUGCUUUCAUCACCCCAAAUGUCACUGAUGAAUAUUAUUAUGUCAAUAUAAGUUAAUCUGACUUUGUUCCAUUCAAUCUGGGGAUCAUUUGCCGUAGCCAAUCAGUCAGUCAUAUCUAAUGUGUUUCUGUUACUGUCCUCUUUCAGCAUAGCCCAUUCUUCACAGAGCAGCUCACAGCAUUUCAGGUGUGGCUGGCCAUGGGUGCAGAGUACAGGGACCCACCUGAGCAACUGCCUAUAGUUCUACAGGUUUUGUUGAGUCAGGUGCACAGACUCAGAGCCCUGGAUCUUCUUGGCAGGUUCUUAGAUUUAGGACCUUGGGCUGUCAAUCUGGUAAGCGUCAUUCAGAAAUCUUAACUGUGGCUUCUCACUGCAUGUCAGGGAUUUUUGAGAUCUCAUUUGGAUACCGUGAAAGAGACAGAUCAAAGACAAUUGUUUGCAAUACAAAGAUGUGUGUUGACCUGUACAUUGAAUUAUGUGCAAUUUGGUAUUUUCAGAACAAAGAGAAUUUUCACAUUAUAGAUGGUUAUUUUCUGUCAUAGAGGGUCAAUUGCUUGACUGAAUAUGCCUUUAUCCACACAUUUUCAGUAGUUUCUGUCUUUUGUCCAUGAUUCUGGUCUUUGUGUCAUCAGGGGAAACUCUAGAUCGAUCAUGUUAAAAAUAUUUAACAGCUGUGCACAGGUUGUGCCAUAAGAAAGGAGUUUGUACCUUUGUGUUGUCAAAUAAAAUUUAUUGCAUGGAUCUAAAUCUGUUUGUGAUUAUCCUUUUUAUCACUUUUUUAUUUAGUUGCCUUUCAGUUAUUCAACAAACCAUGACAGCUUGUCAUUUAGUCAUGCCAACGUAAAAUUUUUCUCUCUCUUUUUAGGCCCUUUCUGUUGGAAUCUUUGCUUAUGUACUCAGACUGCUUCAAAGUUCUGCCAGAGAAUUAAGACCUCUGUUGGUUUUUAUUUGGGCCAAGAUUCUUGCUGUUGAUAGUGUAAGUUUAGAUACUUAAUAUACCGGUAUGGCUUGUUUCCUGUUGUGGUCCUUAUUAUGUCUCCAUACAACCACAGGCAUUAGCUAGUUGUGUGUGUGGCCUUGAAUUUUUACCUUCUUUUCUCCGAUUGUUGAUGUACAUCAGUAUUGAUAUAUGGCUUAGUUUGUUACAGUUGUAGAUUCUUUUUUGUAUCUAAAAUCCACUAUCGUAAUUCAUGUAUUAAGCUCCCCCUCUCAAAUAAGCCCCCUUCCUCUAAUAAUCCCCCCCCCCCUUUUCAGGGGAAGAAAGUUAAUAAGCCCCCCUCUCUAUUAAGCCCCCCCCACUCCCCACCACUAAUUAUUCUUUGUUAAUAACGAUAGUCUGUAUUAGUCAAUGAUGACUGUAAAAGUUUGUGUGGACUUAUCCGGGAUGGUUUAUUUACCAACUGGAAGUUCGGAAUUGAUUCUGAUCCUCGGCUGCAUGACCCAAAACUUCUUGUACUUGAGCUUUUCCGCUUUGUAUUCUAGUUCUUUAUGGAGAACUGAUACCAUCAUCGUUUCUAAAUUAAAUAAGCCCUCCCUCUCAAAUAAGCUCCUGUUUCUAUUAAGCCCCCCUCAAAUGGGCUUGAAAUAAAUAAGCCUGCCGUGGGGCUUAAUAGAGGAUUUACAGUACUUACAUUAUCUCUGUCAACUUUGCAGUCUUGCCAGGCAGAUCUUGUGAAGGACAAUGGUCAUAAAUAUUUCUUAUCUGUGCUAGCGGAUCCCUACAUGCUAGUAAGUAAUGAAUGACUAUGAAUGUGCUCCUUGUUUACCUAAAAAUGAUAUUAAAAUAGUAAAAGCAAUAUACUUAUUGUACAUUGCAUACUAGAUAAUUUCUCACUUGCUCUGUUCAAGAGUGUAUGAGAUAAAGACAACUCUAUGGGCUUUUAUGCUGGCAAAAAGAAAACUGAGAUACAGCUGUAGGUGACAAAGGUUUAGAUGUGGCUUAAUGUAGUUUAGGUUAGCCUCACCUACAUUACAUUAAGCCACAUCUAAACCAAAGGUUAAACCUGCUGACCAUUAGUCUCCAUCACUAACUGUAUACAGUGUGGGAUGGUCUGAAUGCAGUUGCAGGGUUCUAGUAAUUUUAGCGUGUUUUUGCCGAGAUCUGUUAUUUCAGUCAUGUUGCCUUUGCAUGCAGUCACUUUAGCUUUUCAGAAUUUAAAUGAUUUAUUUUUUUUGUUUUUUUUUGUAGGCUGAGCAUCGAACAAUGGCAGCCUUUGCCCUGUCAGUAAUUGUCAAUGAAUAUCCAAUUGGUCAAGUGAGUUUUUCCUGUUUUGAUUAUUUUGCUUAUGAACAAGAAAGUCAGAUCAUAAUAGUUUGUGUGAGGCAAAUAUGUUUUUUCUCAUAGUACAUGUAUAUGUUGUGUCAACAAAUCAUUUCGUUUAAUCCUUUGUUCAGUUUAAUUUGUCUAACACAACUUUUCUUUCCUUUUUUCCAAAGAAUUUUUUAGACAUCACAUCUAUGGCAUAAAUCACAAAAUUAAUGAAGCCAGAAUUGCUAGUCUUAUUCUCCUUGACUGUUUUAUUGUACCUCUGUCUUGUUUAGGAAGUGUGUGUGCAAGGAAAUGUAAUAGCCAUAUGUCUGGAACAGUUAACAGAUCCUCACCCUCUGUUGAGACAAUGGUUAGCCAUAUGUCUUGGUAGAGUGUGGUAUAAUUAUGAAGCUGCCAGGUGGUGUGCUGUUAGAGAUAGUGCACCUGAAAAACUCUACUGCCUCUUAACUGAUCCACUACCAGAGGUGAGGCUUGAUGCUAUUUUAUUAUUGCCAAGGAAAUUUUUUUUUUGCCAUUUUCAUAAAUCAGAAAGGUUUGAAAAUAUUUAGGAUGCUGGUAUCAACAUCUUUAUAUAAUUUAUUUCUUAAAUUGUAAAAAACUUAACAACAAAAAUUUCACACAAGUGUGCAACUAAAAUUGGUCAAUCUAGAUGAGUAUUGUUUUUAAAGUGAUUACUGAGGGAAAACCACCUCUUUUAAGUGAAUUUAAAAUGAGUGAGUAAACAAAUAAAUAAAUCAGGUUCUCAAAAUAACGGCUGGUCAACAGACAAUGUCUGGCCAGAACAGCAUCUUGACUCAGGCCAAAAGCUACACUUGCUGGUCAUGUUGACUGGUCGCCCACUCUCUUAUUGUUGAACAAACAACCAAAUCCUCACCUGUAAAUGGACGUAGAUUUUGGCUCUUUCUGAAAAUACAGUCAUGGUCACAAAUUGAAAAGUGCACAAGAAUUAUUUCUCUUUUUUCCACUUAUUUUUUUGACUGGUCAGAAAAUGAGAUUUGACCAAGUGAAAAUUUCUUUGGCCAGUCAUUGUGUCUGGCCAUGGUCUAAAAAUUAUUUUGAGCCCUGAAAAUAAAUAAAUAAAAUAAUUGUGUGAAGAUGGAUGAGGCAAGGACCCCUAAAUUGCACCAUAUGGAAGGUUCCUGGCAUGUUUGUAGGCCUCCAUUGGACCAGGCAAACCCACUGACAACUCUGCAAGUUAGGCAUAAGCCGUGCACAGACUGCCACCACUGUGAUCACCCAAUGUGCGCCAAAUAAUGUUUUAAAUAACAGAUUAUUACAGACAUCUUACUGCACAAGUAUGGUGAUGUACAAAUAAUGACUUAAGGCUCUGAUUGUGAUUUUUGUCUUUUCAAGGUUCGUGCAGCAGCAGUGUUUGCUCUAGGAAGAUUUAUAGCCAAUACUGGUGACAGAUCUGAUCAAGCCAAUCAGAUUGAUUUUGGAGUUGCCAUGAGAUUGACGCAGCUGUCUCAAGAUGGCAGCCCACUAGUUAGAAAGGUUUGUAAUUAAUGUGAUCCAUUUGAAUUGUAGCUGAAUUUGACAAUAGAUCAAAACUGGCUUAGAGUUACCACCUUAUUCUUCAAAAUAAGUACCAUUUUAUUUUAUGUGUUAAAAUAGUAAGAAUGUACUUAUUUUAAUAUGUACCAAAACACAACUUGGGGCUUUUAACAGUGUUCUUACCAGGAUUUUGCAGACUGUGGUCCACAGGACCCAUAGAGAGGCUAAAAGGGGGCUCAUGAGGGAGAAAAGUGGGUCACAAUUUUUAGACAGUUAACUCAACAUUUUCACAGGUCUGAGUCGUAGAUAAUAAUGGGUGUUUUCUAAAGACACCAUAACCAAUUAAAUUUUGGCUCAUAUUGUAAGGAAAUGACGUAUGUGUACGUAUGCUUUCGUACACUUUGUAAUAGGUUUUUUCCCCAUCUUUGCGUGCUUUGAACCCCUUGGGCUAAUUAUAGUGCGGCAUUUCCCGAAAAAGUGUGGCAAUGCCGCAAUGCCGCGGUCUGGUAAGAACACUGUUUUAAGGACUUGUUCAACAAGUGUUCUUUAUGUCCCACGUAAGAGAAAUAGAAUCAUGUUCACGGAAAACAGCAAAUGUAAGAUUCAAGUCGUCAAUUUUCCAAAAGAAAGAAAAAAUUGAUAAAUCAGAACUUAUUAUUGUUGUAGUUGUUGUUUUAACUACAGUAGUCAGAAAAUGGGAGUACUUGGAAUAAAAUCCUAAUGUUUAUCAUAGAAUAUUCCAGAUAACGAUAUUAGAUAAUUAGAUUUGGUUUAAAAUGUGUUGGUGUUUGUUAGGAACUUGUUGUUGGCCUUCAUGGCCUCGUGAUGCAGUUUGAAACCAACUUUGGUGUUGUAGCACUCCAGUUCCUUGAAGAGGAUCGUCAAAGAGAAAAUGCUCCAUCUGCAGCAGCCAUUACACCCAGUGGCUGGAUUGUUGUGGGUUCCGGACCAUCUUCAGGAAUGGAAGCCAUAACACAUACCAGUUCUGGCGGUGGAGGCAAGAAUCCUAAAGGACUGAGACCUAGCUUCUCAACUUCUCAGCUCAAUACUUUUGCAUCUACUCCUCAUUCUAGCAGUGGUAAGACUGACUGACUUAAAGCUGUGUGCAUUUUACAAAUCUUUCCAUACAUAAACCUUUUCACUCCCAGAAGAAGCCAAAGUCGAAAUUAAACGAAAAGUCCAAAUUCCAUUUAUGAAGGUACUGCUGAAGAGGGUACAUUUGAAUGUUUACACCGUAGGAUUUCAUCCGUAGAAUUAAAAGUUAGAAUUGCGUUCUAAAUAAAUAGUACAAUGUUAAGGUACUGCUGAAGAGGUUUCAUUUGAAUGGUCGCACUAUGGGUUUUCAUCCAUGGACUCAAAAGUUAGAUCCACCUCGCAAGACUCUAUCAUUCAUGCUGCGAGUGAAAAUCAAGAGUGGAUGAGGCUGCAGCCAAAAAAAGUCAGAGAUUUGUGGAAUUGAAGAUUUUUUUCCUUAACAGAUAGCACGUCUCUUUAGUCGUCUAACCUGUGUCCUUCUUGGAAGUGAAACGAAAAUUAUGAAGAAAAGGAAGCAAAAAUGAUCCUUUCUUCUCAGUUUUAAAACUAGGUUGUCUGCUCAGAGAUUGAUGCCUUCACCACUGUGUUUAUGAGCGUUUUCUCAGCUUUAUGGCUCUCUGUGAAGCUGUCAGAGUUCAUGCUCCCUUUUUUUCUAGCUAUCUCCUGUUGUACUGUCUGUGUCCUUGGUUAGUAGGCCACGUGAGGCCUGCUAGAAGAUUAAAGGCCUUAGUAUUGUCAAUAAAAGUGAAAAAAGAUGGUUGUGCAUACCGUUGAAACAUUCUUUUCCCAUAGGUCAACACAUGCCCCAUCCAUUGAUGACGUACAGUAGUAGCAGUGGUAGCACAGGCAGUAAUGAUUUUAUACCUGGCAUGAAGGACCUGCGACGUUCUUCUUCACAGAUUUCACUUUCUUCUAGCAUCCAGUCUAAUGUGUAUGCAAAUGUGUGGAAGGUUAGUUUGCUAAAGCUUAAGACUGCAUGGGCGUGAUCAACCUUACUCUUCAUGCACACUGUUGCCAGGUUAUAUUUGCUUUUAUUAAGCCCUUAUAUGUGAUGUUGGGUCCUGGAUUUCAUGAAUGAGCUGAGAACAGGAAGAUUACAUUUAUUUUUGUUCAUUAGCAAGAAGCUGCUUUUUUUUUUUGCUUUUUAAGACUUUCUCUUAAGAAUCGUUUUAAUACAUCCCAUCAUAUAAUAACAAAAUGUUUGCAGUUUAUUCAUGGGUUGUCCUAGUUUUGCCACAAGUGGACUGCGUAAGCGCCUGUCGCGAGUACCGUUUCCUGACUAACCACCUAACAGAAACCGGGAAACGGGCUUUGAGAAAUUCUAAGGUUUGUCACGGAACUUUUCUUCACAUAUUUCAAAUGUCCAAACUGGCAUGAGUUGUUACCACUGAGUUGAAGCACGGAUACAGUCGAAAGCUGCAAGAGUAAAAUCUGAGACGUUGAGAGUAGAAUUUAUUUUGUCACGUUAGUUUACCAAGGUCAAGAAUAUGCAUUCAUAGAAACCGAAUUAAAGAAAAAACUCUUGAGAGGAGAACUUAAAUAAAGCGCUCUCAAUAGCUCUGUAUUAAUUAUGAAGCAUUGUACUUUGAACUGAGUGUUGUUUUUUAUUUUGACUGCAUACUAGGCUCUUCUCAAUCUGUCUGUGGAUCCAUUUGUGGGAGUUGCUGAUAGCGCGAAAAAGAUUGUAAACAGUAUAACCUUAAAGGUAAGAAACAAUUGGAAAUUGUGAAAUUCGGUUGAUAGGUCAUUAAAAUUUUUACUGUCAGUUGUGUGAACAGUGUUGCGCUUUUUGCAUAAGCUCAACUGGGCAAUGCCGAAAUCUACCAGUCAUAGCUGAAUGUUCACUAGUUUACAGCGAGAGUACUUCCUACAAGUAUAUCUAACGUUUUCAGAAUGUGCAGUGUAAAGAAAUCUUUCCGCACUUUUUUUUUGGUUUAUGUCUAAUAAAUCUUAUGAGGGCAAUUUUUUUUAGCUUGCUCAAGUUCACGUGCAGUAAUUUUUUCUGUAUGCUUAAAAAAUGCCGAAAAAAUAUAGAAAAGGCUGAUGUGAGAAUGUUUGAUUGCAAAGUUGUCAUUUCUGUGUACAAGCUCACUGCUAUAUUCUUAUUUAUUUUUUAUUUACUGUCUUUUUUGAAGUAAUUUAGUAAUUUUUGACGAAAAGAUUUUGUUUUCCGGCAGGCCACCAUUGCUGCCUGUCCUCAGAGGAUUGCGGCGGCAGCAGCGGGAUCCAGCCUUUCUACAUCAGCUCCGUCUUCACCUGGUAGAUUUUCAUAUUUAUUAGGAUCAGAGUGAGUCAAUUUUCUUUCCGUAAUCAGUAGUCUAGAUAGGAGAGACAAAUAUUCGGUUUUAUCGUCACUUGAUUAUGACAGAAAGAAUGAAAGCUGACGUCUCGAGUGAAAGCGCUUUGGAAUAUCAAGUUAGAAGAGGCUAGCAACCAAAUCGUCGUUUAGCUUUUUAAUCUUUUUACCGUGGUAAACUGACUUAAUGACUCAGUUGAUGAAAUCAGUUUUGGAGAUUAACUUUUCCCCUUAUUUAAGAGCGAAACUGGGAGUGGCUUUUGACAGGAUGAAGCAUUUUCUAUUUUAGCACUGUUUAUAGUCAUUAGUACUUUGUGAGCUGAUUUUGUUUUGAUGUCGUGUCAUCUGCAGAUGUGACUGUAAUUGGUAUUGCAUUACAGUUCUAUGUAAGCAUCUUUUUUUGUGAUUUUAGCCAUGGUGUAUCGCCUCCAGGCCACAGCAGUUCAAACGAAACGCCUCGCGCGAUGAAAAUGGAUCCGACGCAGCCCAGAAGUUCCAUUUCAGGUCCUCUGGGUCCAGGAGGAUUUCCACAUUCUUAUGAAUUCCACACAAAACGGAAAAUGUUUGAUAAAGGGCCUGAGGUUUGUUUAGCAAUCUUUUCGUUGAGUGUAAAAUGGUAACCGAAUCUAAAGUAACUACUCCGACAGGUUGUACUGGAAGCAAAUAUUUGUGGCUAAGCUCUUGAUAAAGCGUGGGUAAACGACAUGCGACCACGGCACAACUGCUUGUGGUUUUGCUUCAUGUUGUCCAAGGAAGUGGCGCCAAUCAUCAGCUUUUUAGCCAGUCGUAGAUCAAAGCAACGUGAAACCAAAGCAAUUGACGUAAUUAAAUUCGACUUACUAUGUACACAGAAAAACGUAAGCCUUCAAGGCUUCCGUCUCCACUUCAACCAUGUAAAAGAUGAAGUAAGUGAUAUUUUCAUGUCCAAAGUGGAUGAGUCCAUAAGAACGUUUCAUAGAGUUACCUAGUGGGCGCAUGUGAGCACAUAAGGCUUGCGAGCGUUUGUAAAUUCAAGUGGAGUGCUGUAGACGUGGUCUCAAUUGAUAUAGAAACCUCUAUAUUCUAAGAUGAGAACGUCUAAGAGGACGAGAUAUUCUCAAUACUAAGUAGUGCGCGCGCAUGAACAGCCAGCGUCAUUCAUGAUAGCCGUCGUCAUUCUGCUACGAGGUUUAGCGAGAAUGUCGUAGGGACGGAAAAAGUUAUCAAAUGUUAGAAGGUUUAUCAUUCUGCAAUGAGGAAAGGGCUUAAUAUCUUCCUUCAAUGAAAAUAACCUUGUUAAUCUUUCUGGUGAAAAAAAAAGGAAAUUUUUGAGCGUAUGAAAAAAACGUCUCACACAUCAUGGCAUUGUAGCCACGCAAGCCAACCGCCCGCAGCCUUUUAUUCCAAAUUCAUAAAAAUGUACACAUAACAUACCCCUAGAAAGGUGGGAAACUAAGAAAAUUACGAAGUUGCACAUUACACUUAAACAGCCUGCAAAACUGAAGACUUAGGGUGGGUGGGUGGGAAAGUCAGUAAUGGCGGAGUCAAGAAAAGGAACUACCCGCCUUUCGGUCACAUGACCUAUACCCAGGCCCCCAGCGGUGUGUGAGAAAAGCAUGUUUCACUCAGCCAGUGGAAAAUUGCCCUUAAAGUCGAAUCUCGUCCUCGAAUCUUAAAGGUCUCUUACAGCAAAGGAGCAAUGAACAGUGACUUUUAUUCCAGUAGAAUCAAGAUGGUUGAUAUGUAUAUAUUUUUGGACCAGCUGGGAUUUCACAUGUAAAUCAUUAGAGCUUAUAAUAUAGGUUUUUGAAGGGCCGUAUGGCGAGUGUUAAUUUAGUCUUCAUCUUUUCAUCUUAAGCAUACUAAACACCCGAGCAGUGCUAGUGAAGAUAACGCAGAUCAAGAUUCUGAUGAAGAUGCCAGCUCUGUUAAGCCUCCUAUGAUCAGUACAAAUUUUGCUGACUGGUGUGCAAGCUAUUUUGCUCAAUCCGUUAUGAAGGUAAAUUCCUCCACAAUUACAGACUGAAAAACAACUUGGCUUUGUUGUUGCUGUUGUCUAAGUUUGGGAAUCAAUAAACAUCUCACGUUUCACUCUAUUAAUUUUAUACUGCAAAACAGCCCUUAUUUUGGUUAGGUCAAGAAAGCGCGCGCGAGUGGUCAAACGAAAUGUGGUCAAAAUAAAAAGGAGACUUGUGCGCAAUGCGCGACAAUCCCAAGCCGGCGCCCCGCGCUUUGUAAGAAAAAAAGACUGUUUUGCAGUCUGAACUAAUUUCUUUUCUUUUUUUAAAGUUGUCUUGUUCCUAACAGGAGCGUUUCUCAACCUUUCGAUAAACAAACCACGUAUUUAUAAACGAAAUGUUUUCUUUUUGUUUAGUUCAUUACCCAGCCCACGUAGCAGCACAGUUUCUCAUUUACUCGUGCAACUGUUGCCAAGCGCGGGACAAAAUCUUUAACUAAUACCACUGGAAAACGCGAAUCAUCACAACAAGUGAUUUGCUUUCUAUAAUAUUUGCUUGGGUAAAAACAACGAAGACACCCUACAACGUUUUUUUCAAGUUUGUUUCUUGUUAAUUUUAGAGAUAGACUUGUAUGCUGGGACGUACUUAAUAAAAUUGAGGAACUGUGUUUUGAUUGCAGCCCCCAGACGAACACGAUCCUCAAAGUCAGCUUCAUCUCGAAAGAGAAUGGAGAUUUGAAAGGAACUCAAAAGUUCGACGGGAAGCAGCCAAACAACAGGCUAGAACAGGUAAAGUUCUUUUCUGGUCUUGCCAACCAGCUUGGUAACAAAAUUAACUGUUUCCCGAGGCAUCACUCAUUAAGUGUUAAAUGUUUCACUCGACAUGAAGAGAAUGAGUGUGUGAUGGAAUCAUCCUGGGAGCCACUUGGAGGUCGAUGUUGACAUGUGCACUGAUGUAUGCAAACAUUUGUUUCAUGGCUCUUAUUAAGAACCGAGUUAAGUUAUACAGUGAGUAAAAAAAGAGAGAGAAAGAGCGGUAAUUUAAGAAUAAUUCAAGGAUGAAAAAAACUUUGGUUUUUAAAAUUAAAGCGAAUGCUUGUUUAGGGGUUUAAAUGCUGAAAUUGCUGUGAAAUACAUCAGUAACAAUCCGUCAUGUUCAAAUCACGAAGCUGUUUCGUCUUUGUUGGAUUCUGAAGUGCAGUUUUCAACUUUGCAAGAAAAUUAAUCCUUUGAAUUUGUAUAUUGCUUUUUUAAAGUCCCCUUUACCUAUUAAUCUUCUGUUUUCUUCAACUACAGGCAAAAUAGAUGACCAGAUUUUUAUCAACAAAAACACUAGUGCCCCAGGCGUAUUAAGAUUUCACCCCUAUGAACCCUACCUCGCUGUUGCUGACAGGGGUGGUGUGAGGUAUGCUUUCUUUUGUGCCUGUCCGGGGUGUGGUUAGGGUGUUAUUUUUAGUCUUUAGAAUAUAACUGUCGUUUGCCGAGGACAUGAUAAAGUCAGGAAUGUUUCUUCUUCGAGUAACUUCGUUUUCUAGCAAACCUUUCAUUUGGCGAUUUUGCAUCUUGUUGGAGAAACAUGAAGAUGACUGUUGUCAUAGCUGAUUCUUAUGCUGGCAAAGCAAUUGUUCGUCUACUGUUCUAAGUGGCCGGUUUUACUGUAUUACAGUAGAAACAAACCUUAGAAUCAAACCUUACUUUCACACACACAGCAGUACUCACAUAUUUAGUACCAUGUAUUUCAGCGUCAAAUUUACAAUUUUGUACCCGCCUGCAGGUAGCUAGCCUGCAAACCACAGACGUAUGAAACUAGAGCCGAAAAAACCGGAUGCUCUCACAGGAUAGCAGGUAGCCAUCGCUAACGCAAUUCUCACUGAAUUCUUUUCGUUGGGUUUUUGGCAGUGUAUGGAACUGGGACCAAGGCGUGAGGAUAAAUUACAUCAACAACAACAACCCGAAGAUUUCUCGCAUCACUAGCAUGGACUUCCUCAAUGCUCAUGAUUUGACUCUUCUCUUAACAGGAACAGGUAAAGUGUACCCCUAACCCCUCCGUGGACGGAUAAACCCUGCGGCUUAAGCUUAGUAAGCAAAAUUGCACCACGCGCUAUCCACUUCAUCAUUUAACAAUAGUCAGUUUUGUUACAUCCCAGUUUUGAAGUUGUUGCAAACUUAAGGCGCCUUAGUGAUGUCAACUUUGUUAAAAGUACAUCAGUAGUCUUGAAACUUUUCAACAGGUUUGAGUUAUUUUUGUGUUGCAAUCCAUUGUUGUACCAUUGCCGAGCGCUAAAUGUUAGUUGAAAAUUAGUUUAUCCAACGUGAACUUGGAAGCAACAAAGUUUUAUUGAAAAAUUAUUGUUAUAGCUCUGAGUGUUAUUUUUCAGACGAUGGUUCUGUUCGUGUGUGGCGGAAUAUUGAAGGAGACAACUAUAGUGAUAAAAGCUUGGAGAUGGUUACAGCAUGGCAAGCCCUUUCAGGAAUGCUUCCCUCCACACGAGGUAUGACGAGGCGAAUGAAUUUUGUUGCUAACAAGAUUUUCACUUCAAAAUUUCAAACUCGCCCUGCAAUUAUUCUCAUGAACACAAAGCUCUACGCCUAACUUUUUACUGCUUUCAAAUAACCAGCACGAAUUCAUGGUGUAAUUUCCAAUGUGAAGAAAAAACACAGUGCAUUCUGAUGCCUUUACUCUCAUACGGUAUUCACUCUGUGUGGUUGUCUGUAGCCUGAAAAACAGCCGACACGAGACGCCUUCACUGGUUUCCCCGCGAAAUAACGUCUGAGAAACGAGCGUGACGUGUCACUACCCAGAUUUGGCUAGUGUUUCUGAUUGGUCGUGACGCGUUGGAAACUUGCUUUAAUCAAUCAGAAGAACUACCUGAUCUGGUUAUUGACGCAUCAUCAGAAAAAUCUCUUCGCUCGUUCCUCAGAUGUCAUUUCGUAGGGAAAUCAUGCAGUGUCGGUGUCGCGAGAUGUCUGCUUUUUUCUCAGGUUACGUUAUCGGGUGCAGGAGUUCCAUCUUUGUCCUUUAUUCUGACAGACAAUAUCGGCUCCCCUUGAGAUAAGAUUUGUGAAGUUGAAAGAGUGUAGCUGUUGUUUCGUUGCACAAUGGCAUCUAUUUUAAGCUAUUUUUGUGUUUUUCUUGUCCCCGCAGGGAGUGGUUCUGGUUUGGUGGUGGGCUGGGAACAGCAGACAGGCAUCUUAUUGGCUUCUGGUGAUGUCAGAUUCAUUCGAGUAUGGGACACACAGCGAGAGAUGAGAAUGCAGGUGGGACCUGGGAACUAAAAUAAUACCGUCUGUAAUGUUAUGAGGCAAUGAAUACAAAAUAUUUACGCGCAACUCUUUUGAGUAGUAUACCACAUAAUAUGCCACAAGAAAGCGUUAUACCUAUUUUAAUACCAUGCCAUGGAACAUCCAUGUAGCUUGGGACGGCCGGGAAGGUUGGCUGUAAUACUGUCGAAUAUGCACAGACUUUCCUUUAUUCUGAUUAGCUUAGUUUUCUUUAGCUUGCUAUAAACCCCGAAAUGCCUCGUGUAAAUCAUGCACCAUUCUUCUGAUUCCAGGUCAUAUUAAAACUUGUCCUCAUAAAUAAAAUUCAGCAAAACACGCUCAACUCUGUCAAAUAUGACAAAAAAUAUGAUAAAUGAUCCAGAUCCAGUAACGUUUCUAGAUAGAAGUAAUUCACUGAACAGUUAAUUCGGCAACAAAGCAAACCGAGUAAAUUGACGCCAUUUUUUUAAUUUAAUUUUUACUCUUUUUUAUUAAAAUUUUUUCUGAUUGGUUGAUAAAACUAGGGCGAGUCGCUUCUUAUCUCUAAUUUCGGUGAAUAAAUGUUAAUAAUCCUGCAUUUGAUUGCAGGAUAUUCCGACUGGUGCUGAUAGCUGUGUUACCAGUUUAGCAUGUGACUCGGUGGGAAGAUCAUUACUAAUAGCAGGCUGUGGGGAUGGCUCCGUCAGACUUUUUGAUAGAAGGUUGCCACCUAGUGAUAGGUAAAUCCUGUAUUGUAAGAUCUCAGUUGGGAGAUUACUGACUUUCUAUUCCAAAUCGCCUUUCAAGACCUUGUCUUUAAGGCUCGGUUCAGACGCCGAACUUUUCGUGAGCCGAACCUAAUACAUUGAAUUAAGUGCAUGAAAAGUUCGGCGUCUGAAUCAGUUAGGAACGCGUGUUUCAAUUUGGAAGGGCUUAGCCGUUCUUUUCGGCUAGCCCGGCAGGGGAUUUCGCCUUUAGAGCGACUUUGGAACGGCUUUCAUUCAGACGCCCAACUUUUCACGGCAUAUUCGGAACCUAAUGCAUAAAUUAUUAUAACGUAUCUUGUAAUUAGUUUGACCGAAAUGUGCAUUUUUCUUCUUUUGAGUUUAGUUCGGCUGGAAUUAAGAUCGGCUUGUGAAUUAAUUCAGCCGGUCUAAAUAAUUUGGGUCGGCCUUAAUUCGAAUUAGGUUCGGCUCAUGAAAAGGUCGGCGUCUGAACCGGCCUAAGUAAUUCUCUGUUAGGCAGCCAUCUUGUCUCACGGGACAGCCGCAAUUGGUUCAGAGGGGUCCUCUGUGGGAGAAUACAGUAUAGGAUUCUAUUCGCGUGAGUCUUGAUGCUAAGGGACCGCUUUCCUCCGAGAUGAGUUAAAAAUCAACCAGAUUAGUUUGCAGGUACCAGUUAAGUGACCAAGCGAAAUACCACGGCACUCUUUCCCUGUAUGUUCAUGCCAUUCUUUUGGCUACUAAGGCUCUCAUGCUUCAAUGAACUACAAAAGGGGUCCUAUGAUUCCUUUCAAACCGCAUAACUUCUUGUAUGCUAACAGACUGUGUCGUAAUUAGAAGAAAGAAAUAACAAUCCGUCUCUGAUCUGCCGAAAUAUCACCUAAGCUGCUGGUGAUAGAGAGAUUAAGAUUCACGUUUACGCCGAACGGCAAACGUGAAUUUGUACCACGUGACCAAGUUUUCCCUUUAAUUGUCGUUUACUGUUUAUUAGUUCUUCACAAAAAUAAGUAGUUUAACGCCAUAUUUAUCCAUAAGAGUUGUUCUGGACAGUUUUUAUCUGCUUAUUUUUUAUUUUGAGAAAUUCUCAACUUGAAUCUGACGUUUGCCGUUUGCCGUAAAGCUAAUACUGGGAGUAGGGGGUAGGGGGUAGGAGUAAGUUUUGCAGGAGUGGUCUAACAUGGGAUGCCUUUUAUUUUUCAGCCGAGUGAUGGCGCUCAGAGAGCAUGCUGGGUGGGUGACGAACGUCUUUCUUCAGAGGGGUGGAGACUGCAACAUUAUCAGUGGAAGGUAUCAUGUGACCUGCCAGUACUGUGUGCAUUUAAGACGUGAUUUCUUAAAACACUUUUAGUUACCUCACCAAGUCUAUUUUUAUUUGUUUUUACGUAUCUUGUUUUGAAAUAUCCAACCGACGAUUUUUUAGGCUUAUUUCGAUGGAACUGUCAUAAACGUUGGUGCUUUUUAGAAUAUAAAGCAAUUUUGACUAAAGCAAUAGUGACUGGCAUCAAAUUUCACCCAACAAUAUCACUGCAAAGUCAAAUGUGCGGCUGAAGAGAAUGAAUAGAAUGAUCAGCACUGAUAAAAUGUCUUGAUAUUUGAGCAAAUUCUCUCAAACAGUUCAAUAAGAAACAUAAAGAGAACAGUGAAGAGAAUAUGUAUGUUGAUAUUGGGGCUAACUUUUUAUUAAUAAUUGAAUAUAUAUUUUUUGUCUUUCAGUGUUGCUGGUGAUGUUAAAUUCUGGGAUCCACGCUUCACAGAAUCUGUGCGGACUUUGGAAACUAUUGGAAACUCUGCAGCAUUUGAGGUUCAUCAUCAAGCCAAGGUGUUUGCCACGUAAGUAAAACAAUGUUUUCAGGAAUCAUUUCGCCAAGAAAAUUAGUAGACAAGUCUAUUCAAACCUGUAUUAAGAAGACCUCUUUUUAGCGUUCAUCCUCUAUUAGGCGGUCACUUACCAGCAGAGUCCCAGGUCGGGGAAUCAUUUGCCUGUACGGUCACUUUGACAAGAGGUGUACCAUACUAGUGCAAUAGAUACAUUCUACAUGGCGUUUAGUGGUCUUUUACUUCCUUUUUUGACACGAGAAGAGGUAGAGACACUCUUUCACCAUCUUCAUUUUCUUGAAAACUCUCAGAUUUGUCAAACCUGUAUUUGACGGUCAACUUGUAUUGGGCAGUCACUAAGCCAUUCCGAACGUGCGACCGCCUAAUACAGGUGUAUUUUCAACACGAAACUAAAGCUAUUUCUUCAACCAAUCAUAUAAGAUGAUGACAAUUCAAUAACGCAGUCAAGAAUUCGGAGAAAUUAACUGUAAAAAGGUGCAAUUACGCUUGGAUUAACUUCUGAUUAGCUGACAAAGUAGUGUAGGUUUUUAAAACUUAUCGCGAGGCCUCACAAUGCAAUCGCCAACCUCCCUUCCGACAGACCCCACCAAUGAAUUUGAAUAUUUUGUUUUCCUCAGUGGUUCUGCAAGCCAGAUGAUUAAAGUUUAUAGUUUGGGUGGAGCAAAUCUUAGUACUAUAAGAUAUCACGACGGUUUUAUGGGUCAGCGGAUAGGACCUAUUAGCUGCCUGGCGUUCCACCCUCACCGGGUAAGGAUUAAUUAGUUGUGAUUAGCCUGGGUAGCAUGGCGGAUUUGUCGGGAGUACGACUGAACAGCGAAGCCGCAAAAACGCGCGCGCGAACGAGCGGCGAAGCGGUUUCUCUGCCCUCGCCCGCUUUUAUUACAGUAUUUAGCGCGCGCAACCAAAACCGCCAUGCUACGCAGGCUUAGUUGUGAGAACAAAUUCAUGUUGUGUGGCGUGGGGCUCGCGGAUGUUGCGUAAUGAAAAAACAAAAUGAAUUUAUUAAAGUCAUUAUUUCACGAGAGAUUUUUGCAAAACACUGAUAUUGUAUAUUCUGUAGUGUAUAAAUAAUAUCAAUUUUAGACCGGCAGUUCAAUAACUGAAACAGUCUUUUAUAGUUAUAUAGGAGCUUCAAUAAGCGCUUGCUUGAAUUUCUCAGUCGCUGCAAUUGUCUCCCCGAUUUUGUUACGGAAGGAUUCAUAGCGUUGGCCAUUGUUCUUUAAUUUUUCUUGUUAGCUAAUUUAAUAUUUUUAAAUGUCUUUUUUAGGUUCAUCUUGCUGCUGGCAGCACGGACUCGUUUAUCUCGAUCUACUCGACUGAGAAAAAGCGGUAGAAUUGAAUUUAUUAUACAUCAUUCAUUUACAGUGUACAUAACAAUGGCAUAUAGGAUGAAAACAACUUCAUCGAACAUCUGGCUCCCUAAUAUUUCAGGUAACCAUAGAAAACUGAAGAGAAAUAAUAAAUUUGUUAAAAUUUUCAUAGUUUUGAAUUACACCGAAAAAUUAACCUUUAUUUCUCUUCAGGUUUCUUGUUUCUCAAAUAUAAAGGAUGGAGAUGUUCUUCGGAGUUUUUUUCAGGCUAUAAAAACAACAAAAUUUUUCUAUUUUAUCUAAAAUUGUAAAUGCUCUCUAAUGAGGCGACAGAACUCUCGAAAGGAAAACGGUGCGCUACAUGAAAUCAUCAAGGUGAAAACUAGAGAAGCCUGACUUGCUAAUUUUUUAUUUAGCCCAAAGUGAUUUUGGGCCCUAAAGUUAAACAGCGAAGGUCGAGUUUUCGCUGGUUGUCGUAGCUAAGCAUUGAACAGUUGUAUUUGUUUUUGUCAGCCAGUGGGUUUACUAGGUGCAGCAAGAAUUCUCAUUUUGCAGAGGAUUACUACCGCCAAAUACUUAUUUUAGGGAAUUUACGCCACGACGACGGCGACGACUACGAAAACGUCACUUAAAAAGUGAAUUUGCUCUGCCGCAAACUUUAUUACGCUUAUUCCAUCUCGUUUAAUUCGUCAAAUGUUGGCAAUUUUUUUUGAGUUGAAUUCUAAAGGACUGCAUCAAAGUUCAGGAAAAAAAAAAAAGAAAGUUGUUGUCUUUUGUUCCCGUCUUUGACAAAACGUGAAAUUAGGCAGUUUCACGUUUUAGUCGUGCCACGGCGACAGAGAAAUGUACAAAAAGCGUGAUGCACGUGUAAAGUUGUUUUGCUUGUCAUGUCUAAACCUAUUGGGUUUUUUGCCGUUCUCGUUGCCGUCGCCGUUCUCGAUGCUUAAACUCCCUAGAAUCAUCCGAGUCAGCAUCUAGUGAGCAGCAGACCAUACACAACUUCGGCUAGAUUUCGGAAUAACUUUCGGGCCCGAAAUGUCUUCGGAGCUUCAUGAAACGCAUAUCGGGCUCACAGUGGUCUUCCCGAGCGUUUGCGAUCUUUUUGAAAGUGUAAAUCAAGAACUUAAGAUCAUUGUACAAUCACCUUGUUACCUGAUGAGAGAAUAAUUUGUACAGGCUGAAACCCAAACCCAACUUGGUUGUCAGCGAAGUUUGAUUCGUUCUUGUAACAUAGAAAUUCUUGAAAUCGGUCAUAAAUCCAAUGGCUCGCUUGCAAUUUGAAUGUUUUUGUAAACACUGAAAAAUAAGAUUUCUAAACUUCCUUUUAAAUUCUUAUUACUUGUAAUCCAGAUGAUCUCUUUCGACUUGGAGUAAUGACACGAUGUAAGCCAUAUUAUACUCUAAAGUUUAAGAUUUUGUCCCUAUUUUUAUACGGCAAGUGAUCUUGCAUAAAAGCGCCAUAUUUUGUGAAUCGUCAUUUCGUCAAUCUAGCGGCAUUUAAAGGAGUUCUUUUCACUUUUUAUACCGCAGUGUCUCUUUAAGGGAUAUUCGUUAUUUCGUAGCAAAUCUGAGCAAAGGUUUAUAAAACAGCGUUUGACUUUGAAAACAAGUUUUUAAUACGUUUAAGCAUGUCUGAAUUUUUGUGAAAAAAUAGUUUUUGUGAAUUUUUGUGAAUAAAUAAUAUAUGCCAUAAGGUUCGUGUCCUAGUGUAUGUAAGCUCAAAAAGUAGUUUAAAAUGUGUAAACGUGGUCAAAUAUAACAGAAAUUCUGUAGUUUUGUAAAGAUAAUUUCUUGGGAAGGAAUAGCGAUUAAAAAAUUCGUAUUUUCACUAUCAUUGUUGAACGUAGACUGCAAAUUCAUUAUAACCAGCAGCUUACAUUAUCCAAGUGGUUAAUGAACCCUGAUAAAUAAAAAAAAAACUAAAGGAAAGAUUAACCGAACGGUUGACCGAGGUUGAAAACAAACUGACCGGAAGCGACAACUCUCCGUCCGUCUGUAGUAGUAGUUACAGUUUUUCGUGUCACGGUCUUCUUAGCCUUAUGCCUGUGACGUGGGCAAAAGGGGGGAAGGUUGAGGGCGUAGGGUGGGGAAGCGAGCAAUGUUCCUUGAGUUUAGCCGCCAUCUUUGACCUCGUCGACAGAAAAACAUAAACAAUAUAAUGCUAUCAUUAUUAUUAUCAUUGUUAUUAUCAUUGUUAUUAUCAUUAUUAUUGUUAUCUCGGAAUUCGACACAGUGGUUAUAGGUAAUCAAGCAAUCACUAACGCUUGCGUAGCCUUAACUUCAGACGCCUGUCCACAUGUCUGAAGUCACGAAGCUCUCUGUAGCUAUUUUCGGUGGCCUUUGAAAAUACUUUUGUGAUUGUUUUUAGAGCAAGGGAAACUGUUUGGAUCAUUCGAUUACCGUAUUUACUCGAAUAAGCGCCGCGGCGUUUAUUUGAAAGUUAGAGGCGACAAAGAAUUGUAAUAACUACGGUAUUCCCUAUUUAACAGAAUUAACGUCUUUUGAGUUUGAUUAUAGCAAGGCCGCUCCGAGUGUAAAUUUUUCUCUCUCACAUGCGGCGCUUAAUCCGGGCGGCGCUUAUUCGAGUAAAUACAAUAUUGUUUCUUUUUAUCGUUCUGAGAGCUUCGUGGUAUUUGACUUUGACUUUGACUUUGACUUUACUUGGCUUGGUGGUGUAAGCAUGCAUAAAGGCUCUUCUGCUCAAUCAACUUCUGUGACGUAAGCCUUUAACUGAAUGCUUUCUUUAUUAACAAUGUUUUCUUCUGAUACUCAAAUGACAAUUUUUCCAUCCUCCUGAGAAAACUUAAUUUUUUUAGGAAAAUAAAAUUAUCAUCGUAUUACACUUGAUUAAAUUUAAUUGUUUUUUUUCCUUACAAGGAAUUGACAUAGUGUGGUACUUUUGUAGGGUCUAAGCUGAUUCGGCCAAUCAUGACCAAUAUGUUUUUCCAGGAGCCCAUGGUUUUUCACGCAUGCGAGAGUUAAGUUGAACAAGCCGCUUGUCAGAAAUUUGAAAUUUGCUUCAAGAUCCGCUUGUACCAUUGAUUUGUUCAACUUGGGCCCAAAUUUGUAAGGUUCGAGAAAUCGAGGGCACACUUUAUUGUUUCUUGUGGUCGGUAAAUGGCUGGAAAAAACUUGAUAUCGAGGCUCUUGUGGCUGAUUAUAUCCCUUGUAUUAGCCUCAAUUGCAUGCUAGUUCCAGUCCACUGGCGUGAAUUCGGACAUGGUCUCUUGGCUUGAAACGUCAUCCUCGGAGACCAAGGGGCAGUCAGUCGGAUCGGGAGAAAAGGCGGAACGAAAGUUUUCAAGUGCUGGCGAAAGAGCCCCUGGGUACCGACUCUCACCGAGCUAUGUCCAAAACUUCAAGCGGAUGCCGGAUCCUAAUUGGGCACAAAAACUGCUUUGUUUUGUUGUGCCCAAUCGGCGAACAGUUUCUCCUAAGUUCUUUUCGUGAGUUCGUACACGACGGUUAUUUUUUCGAUCACGGCUUGUCUUCCCUGCUAGCAGAGGUCUCUCUGCUAGCAGGGAAGGCUUGUCUGGCUCAGGCACCAAAGAAAUGCACGCAGUUAGGAAACUUUCAGUUUGAUGUAAAAUCCGCGUCUGAUUUCAAAAUACUGUCUGCCCGAAAACUAAAGACGGUUUUCCAUAAAUACAAGCUUGAGCCUACAACAGGUAUUCACGCAUGCAUCGGUCACGUCUUGCGCAAAUAUUAGGGAAUUUUUAAAAGAUACCACGACGGCUGACAACCACGAAAUCGUCGCAUGGAAAAAGGAAUUCACUUUUUUUCAGUUUCUAUCCAACUCGCUUACUUUGUCAAAUGCAAUCAUGCAAGCGAACUCUUCUGGAGCUGAAUUUCUAUCAACCAUAUCCAAGUACAUGAAAAGAAUGAAUUUUGUCAUUGCUAGUUUACAUCCUUCACAAAACAUGAAAUUAGGCAUAUUCACGGGUAGUCGUGCAGUUGAGGGCAAAGAAAUGUACAAAAAGUGUAUUGCACGAGCAAAGUUGUUUUGCCUUGUCAAGCUAUUGCUUAUUUGACUUUCUCGUCGGGGCCGCAUCUUUACCUUCCUAUUAUUUACGAUACACUGUGAUGAGUCAAAAACAAAAUGUUCUCGGGGCAAAUUGAAUUGCUCCUGCUGAUAGCAUCCAAACGUUUUUUCGACUCAUCGGUAGUUCCUUCGUUUCUGGUUAGGAAAGUAGAAAAUAAAAGUUUCCUUUGUUCGCACAAGCUUGGUGAACGAACCGUGCAAAUGUGACAAAACAAUAGCCGUUGUGUACGAACUCACGAAAAGAGCUCAGGAGAAACUGUUCGCCGAUUGGGCACAAUAGUACAAAGCAUUUUUUGUGCCCAAUCAGGAGCCGGCAUCCGCUUGAAUGUUUGGAAAUAGUUCGGUGAGAGUCGGUACCCAGGGGCUCUUUCGCCCGUACUUGAAAACUUUCGUCACGUCCUUUCUCCCGACCCGACUGAUUGCCCCUGGGUCUCCGAGGAUGCUUGAAACGUUUGAUGCUUAAAAAAGUAAGGCUUUCAAAAAUUGGGAAAGAGGGGUUAGAUAACAGUGUUGACUGUGUCAAAUCUAAGAUAAAAAUAAAAAGAAAGUUUGGAAAAUCAGUUAUCCAGUGUCAGUUAAUCACUCCCUUUUACAACUGUGCCGCUACUCUGCUGCUUUGUGUAACUUUUAACAUAACCUUUUCGACAAUCGUUAAUGUUCUACGGACAUCGAGUGGACUUUACUAAGCUAGUAGUACAGGUGACUAGGUGCAUUACAUAAACAGCACCGAGUGAGAUGUAGAUUGAACCUGCCCCAGUUCAGACUUGGUGCCUGGCUCCAGCUCAAGUCAGUCUGGACGCAGUGUAACAUGAAAGCGAGAUCAAAGGGCCACAUCGCAAUUAAAUUGUAUAAAUUGGAAGAAGCCCACCCUACAACCAAGACAAAAAAUACUUCUCACAAAUGCUGCGCUGCUGCGCUUUGUAAUGAUCGUUCCGAUAAUAGGAAAGGCUUGACUUUUCAUGUAUUUUUAAAGGAUCUUCUCGAAGCUCCAGGAAUAUCUUUUGGGGUUACUUUUUAAUCUGAAUCACAAAUCCUUCUUGUUUUCGCCGGCGUAUUUACUUUUUUUACGUUUGCAGGAAAUCUGAUGGUCCUAAGGCCUCGCUUUCAUGCUUACGUCGUAAGUGUGUAUUACCUCGUGACUCAACAAGGCGGAGCAGGCUUGGGUGUGUGUUUUUAAAUUGAACAAAAUGUCCUUAAGCCUCGCGCCUUCGUUGGAUGUUCUAAAAAAUUCCUUGGGCCUCUUGGUUCAAUAAGGCACGAGGAAUAAGUGUGUGUGUGUUCUCUAAAUUUUUGUAUUAAAUGCGAAUUGGGUGCACACACGAUUGAGAAUGUGCGCUGCGUUUUCCGAGGAAAUGUGUGAAAUUUAUUUUCACCGUUUUACAAUAUUGUACUUACUCGAACUAACGCCGCGGUGCUUUUUAAAUUUUUCGCCCACUCUGUGCGGUGCUACCUAUUUGCGAAUAACAGAACUAUACGUAAUCUUUCUUCGUGCUUUGUCGUGUGUUCAAUAACAACAAUAAUGAACUUGUGCGAAAGGGCCAGAGAGGAAAGACGGCGGUAAACCUUGUGUGACAAGCGCGACAAUAAUCUUGUUUCAAAAAACCUUCCGCCAAACUUCACUUUCCUUUAAACAGAUCUUUUUGUAGAAGAGCAAAAAACAUCAAUGUUAAGUGAAUUCCCGACAAAACACGCGAGUAAUAGCCCCGUCACGUUUGUCACACUCAAGCGUUUCGUCGUCCUCUUCUUGCGUAAACUCCCUAAUAAUAGCAUUGGUAGAACGUAAUAAAAGGUAAUUUUAAAAGGUUGACGCCCUGUUAGAUCAAAACAAAUCGCAAUAACUGCUCUAAUCUGCAUUAACAAUGCCAAAUAAUACUCGGUACGAUAUUGGUGGAGGUUGUUGCACUCAUUCGAGUGAUUAAAAAAAACGGGAAUUUUAAUAGAUGCGACUGAGGAAUACCUGGUAAAUCCUGACUAAACAAUUAAACGUAGAUUCGUAAAAAUUAAAUACCUUAAAUGUGAAAGUAUUUUUCAUGAAACAGAUAAUAUUUAAGAGCGAAACAAAAAGGAGUGAUAUGAAAUUUUAACCUAUGUUAAGUAGAGGUAUUUACUUCCUGGUACAACGGAGGCCAGGACUGACAACCACACUGAUUCAAACCUCUUAAAAGAAAACGAUAUACAAACAUAACGGGUUAUGAACGUCAUUUCUUCGUGCCAUUCACUGUAUUUGUCAUUUACGGUCUUCAACGGGAUUCGAGCCUGUGAGCUCCGUGUUAUUAUCGGAUGCUCUACCAACUGAGCCACAGAGUUCUGAUGUUUCGAACUGGUCAAAUGUGCGCGCAUUUACAUUCAUGUGCAUCAUCAAGAGAUCAUAAUAGUCCUAUUAUGAUAUUUUAUUCAUUUCGUGUCAUAUUGUUAUGUUUCAUACUUGCAAAUCAUUCACAUUCAUUCUUUUAUGUUUCUCAUGCAUUCACCAUUUUAAAAAAGUUUGUUGUUAUGUUUUGCAGGCAUGGGCCUCCUCACACAGUGAGUCGAAAAAUUUAUUACGAAAUUAGCCGGAUAUAAAGACGUUACUAUUCCAUCUGUAAACUCAUCUUUUUAGACCUUCGUACCAAAGAAAGCCAUUUUUGCUUCAUCUAAAUCAGCGUCUUGUACGUGAAAAUGUUUUAAGAUUUAGUAGACGUAUGACACAAGCUUAUCCGUAAGUGAAAACGUAUAGUGACAUGAACUGGAGAGUUCCUUUUUAACUUUGAUCGUUCUUAAAUAACUUUGGACCAGUUUCACGAGGGAAUUCACGACGCAAGCAGGAGGUCAACACUGGAAAAAAGAGAUGUUAUUUUCUUUCCUACAGGCUCCUUUGUGCUCUUCCUCUGCUUGGAUCGCACCACCUUGAACAUAGUUCUUUUUUUUUUCUUUUUCUUGUUUUUGUCACUUAAUGUGGGGUCGUAGGUCGUUAGGCAAGACAAGUAUCCCACUAUAUGGCCGUUAAUGCCUUUGGUGCCAGCAACACUCAGGGCAUAGUAUGUUAGACUUUCACAAAUACAAUCUACUUAAUCGAUUAACACCAGCAUUGUAAAUCAAGGUUCAAAUUCACUUGAAAAUUUUUAUACAUGUAAUAAAAAGUUUCCACAGUUUUUUAAAACCUAAACACUAGGUUUUUAAGACCAAAAAAAAUAUUUGUUCUUCGCAGGCUGCUCAACUUCGAUAAAAAGGUACUGGGUUUUCUAAAAUGCGAGAAAUCCAUUGUCAAAUUUGCAAAAUUAAAAGAUACUUAUUAUCUUUUCCGUUUUUGGUGGGGAGACAAUACGAAAUAUCUGAAAAACAUUUGGAGAAUUCUCACAAACCAAGCCUGGGUCAUCCGUUAUGUUCCUUGUGAUUUAAACUUAAUUUAAUGAUAUUCAAUUUUCCUAAAUUGCGUACAAAACAGAAGAAGCUUUAUCACAUACACUGUAUAUAGCUGUAGUUAGUUAAUGAAUACGAAUCGGUGGAAUUAUUCAUUAUUCC